GCAGUUAUCCAGUUACGAAAAUCUUACCCAAGACAAUAUUAUUUUAAUGAAGCCAGAGAAUUUAAAGUAAAAGAUAGCAAGAUCAAAUACAAACGUAUCCCAAUUGAAAUCAAAUAUCCAAAUGGAAAGAAAGGAGCUUUGGUAAUUGAAUCUCCAGUUCUUUUCUCUUUUGGUGUAAAUGAGAAGAAAAACCAAGAAACAAAUAAGUUAGUAGGAUAUAGUAUGCCAGUAUGUCUUUGGGCUAAAGAUAGUGAGCCGAAUACUAAAGAAAAAGCAUUUUUAGUAAUCCUAAACGAUGUUGUUUGA